AUGAAAUCUUUCAGAUUCAUGACGGAGACAAAUGGGGAUCGCAUAGCCUGGGGCGUGGCUAUUGGAUGUCUCCUUAUUGUGAUCGGUGGAGUAGUUUCAGUGAUAAAACUUCAUGCAGACCUGUCAGCUCUCAACGAUAUAGCUGAAGUGGAAAUUGUCAAUUUUCGAUCAGAACACGAAGUGAUAUGGAAAGAAGCACUGAAACUGGCUGAGAAGUUUGGUCGACGAAUCGAAAAACGCGAAGCUGACGAAUCUCAACAUUCCGUCGACUCGGAUUCAUCUAAUGUGCAGAAACGUCAUUUGCACGGCUAUUAUCAACAACAAUACCACUACUACAAACAGUUCCCACAGCCACCACAGGCCCCUCGACCUUCGACUGGUUACUAUAGACUUCAGCACUCUCAGCGACCGGCGCAGCAGCAAUACACGCCAGUGGGAGUUCCCGGAGAACCUGGACUCGAUGGACGAGACGGCGACGAUGACGCCUCAUUGACUAGACAUUACUCAGACGCAUGUGCUGUUUGCCCAGCUGGACCUCCCGGAGUUCCAGGACCACAAGGACCUGAUGGUGAACCUGGUGCUCGAGGUCUUCCUGGCGUACCAGGAGCAGCUGGCGGUCCUGGUCUACCUGGACCAAAAGGUCCUCCUGGCGAUCCCGGAGCACAAGGAAUACCUGGCCCACCUGGACAACCAGGAGUGCCUGGAGGACCAGGCAUAAUAUACACGAGAGUUCCUGGUCCACCUGGUCCACCAGGGCCACCUGGACCCCCAGGAAUUGCUGGACAACCAGGUUAUCCUGGUCAGCCUGGAGAAAUCGGAGAACCAGGACCACCUGGUCUCGCGGGACGAGAUGGCAACCCUGGAAUGCAUGGCAUGCCAGGAUUGCCUGGACGUCGAGGAACGCGUGGGGAGGACGGAUUAUACUGCCCGUGCAUCUCAAGGGAUGAGCGAAGCAUCAAGGGUGAAAUAAAAUUGAUCCCACAUUAUGAAUGA